UGCAGCUCAUGAAGCCUCUUGACUAGCCUCUAGUUAGCUUAGCCUAUCUGGAUGUUUGUUUUGUUGACGUUACCACGCAAGUAGCUGUUAGCUUAGCUUUUAUAAAUCCCUCCGCAAGUGAACGCGGUGUGAAACCUCGUACGGUCGCUGGCCGCUCGUCCCGCGGUGUGAACAGCUCGUUAGCGGGGCAGUACGUGCUGCGGCUGGGAGGGUGAACUUGCUCUCCGCCUCUCUGCAUUGCAGCCCCGGCGCUGCUGAUGGAAUUCAAACACACAACAAUGGCGACUCCCGGUCCCAACAACUCAACGACACCGAGCGGCCACAACGGCAGCAACAACGGAGGAUCCGGGGCCCAGCACCAGCACCAGCAGAGCCAGCACAUCACUACGAUGAGCAGCAUGCAGGAGUCCAACACCUGCUGGAGAUGUCAGAGUGAAACAGGCUUUCAGAUAAACCUGUCUGGAGCUCCCCCAAGUAAACGCAAAGCCCUGAAGUUGAACUUUGCCAACCCGCCGAUCAAACCCACGACCAGGUUCACGCUGAACACAGCUGGGCCGCCUUUCCAAAACCCGCACAUAGAGAGGCUGAGAACACACAGCAUCGAGUCAUCAGGAAAAUUGAAGAUUUCGGCGGAGCAGCACUGGGACUUCACUGCGGAGGACCUGAAAGAUUUGGGCGAGAUUGGCCGAGGGGCGUACGGCUCUGUCAACAAGAUGGUGCACAAGCCGAGUAACCAGAUUAUGGCCGUCAAGCGAAUUCGUUCAACGGUUGAUGAGAAGGAGCAGAAGCAGCUGCUGAUGGACUUGGACGUGGUGGUGAGAAGUAGCGAUUGUCCUUACAUCGUGCAGUUUUACGGUGCUCUGUUCAGAGAGGGUGACUGUUGGAUUUGUAUGGAACUUAUGGCUACCUCGUUAGACAAAUUUUACAAGUUUGUAUAUUGCUCAUUAGACGACGUGAUUCCAGAAGAAAUAUUAGGAAAAAUAACAUUAGCUACUGUGAAAGCGCUUAACCACUUAAAAGAAAACUUGAAAAUAAUACACAGAGACAUUAAGCCGUCAAACAUCCUCCUGGACAGGGGCGGCAACAUAAAGCUGUGUGACUUUGGCAUCAGUGGUCAGCUGGUGGACUCCAUCGCCAAAACCAGAGACGCGGGGUGCAGACCAUACAUGGCACCAGAGAGAAUAGACCCGAGCGCCUCCAGGCAAGGCUAUGACGUGCGCUCAGAUGUUUGGAGUUUGGGAAUCACACUGUACGAGCUGGCCACAGGACGGUUUCCUUACCCAAAGUGGAACAGUGUGUUUGACCAGUUGACCCAGGUGGUGAGAGGAGACCCUCCACAGCUCAGCAACUCGGAGGAAAGGCGCUUCUCGCCCACGUUCAUCGCCUUUGUGAACUUAUGCCUUACGAAGGAUGAGUCGAAAAGGCCAAAGUACAAAGAGCUACUGAGAGACCCGUUUAUUCAGAUGUACGAGGAGCGCUCGGUCGAUGUUGCCGGUUACGUUUGCAGGCUCAUGGAUCAGAUGCCAACAUCUCCAAGCUCCCCAAUGUAUAUGGACUAAACACACAAUAUAUGACUAAAAAUGCACCAGUCUGCAACAAUAAAGACAUUGGAAAAAAAGAAAAGAUAAAAAAGUAGACAAAACAAUUCCUCAUGUAAAUUUGCUUGGUCCCUUAUUGCAGUGUUAAGAGAAUUGUAAAGCCUAAAAGAUAAAUCAACACCACUUGCAGCAAAAGUGGUGGAAAUUUCAUUCAUGUCUAUAAUAUAUAAACGUUAACACACCUCUGUUUCUCUCUUGUUCACAAACACUGACGCACAGUGUAAGUAUAAUAGCAGCUGAAUCAAUCAGUCAAUCAUGGAUGCAUCUUGGUGAUUAGUAGUAACUAAAAAAAAAACUGCCUGGAACUUGUAUUUAUGGAAACCAAAAUCAUGUGGAGUUUCUGAUGUGGAGAUUCUUCAACAUACUGGAAUCAUGCUCUUUGUGAAUUGUCCCACUUCUUCCAUGUACGUGAAUGAAAGCAUCGUGUUUGGUAUCUUAAUGGAACUUUGCUUCUCUGGGUGUAAAGCAGUUUAAAAAGGUGAAAGUGUCGGUGGUCAGAAUCAUGUUGGACCUGUAUAACAGUCAGUGCUCACUGUGCAACAAACGAUAUGCUGAUAUAGGAAUAAAGAGAAGGGAAGGGAAAGGUG